UAGCCUCCUGAUGUUAAAGCGGACCCUUCCUUUUCACUUAUCAUUAGUAUAGAUUGCUCCUUUGAAUUGCAUAAAGUUGGUUCGUUAAGGAACUGGAUUUUACUCUAAAUUGUUUUCGAUUAGUGAAUUAAUUUAUCGUACAACUAAGAAUCAUUUGGAAGCUAUAUACCAGGACGUCAUGUCUGGCCCAGCAUUCAACCGUGUUAUGAAAGAGCUAUCCAACUUGAUAAUGGUCUCAGACUAAUGGACAGUAAUAAAGAACUGGAUGGACAAGAAUUUUGAGCCUAAUGUUGAUCACGGAGACCAUGGAAAUGGUGAUCCGGAUGAAGAGUUUGACGAGAUGACAUUUGAAGAUUACAUUCCUUUUAAAGUGGAGGCUACAUAUGAUGAAGACAUUUCAGAACAGAAGGAUGACAGUACUGGUCAUGUAAAAGGAAAUGAAAUGGAAGCACAGGGAUAUUUUGUGCAGGAGAAUGCUGAGGGCAAGAAAGGGAGCAGUGGCGAACGCAACAGAUCUUUGCGGAGUAGAAGUCAUGCAGCAGCUCGUCAGCAAUUACUAACACUCAAGAAAGAUGAUGCAGCUGUGAGUAAUAUUCGCCGACAAGCACCACAACGAAGUGCCCAGAAAUUUCCUGCAGAAGAUGUAACUGACAAAACAAGACCAUAUGGGUGUCCUGAUUGUGGAAAGGCAUUUGUGUCUUCAUCAAAAUUAACCAUACAUAGGAGAAUACAUACUGGUGAAAAGCCAUAUGCAUGCAUAGAAUGUGGUAAAACAUUUGUGUCUUCCUCGCAGCUGAGCGUUCACUUCAAAACUCACACUGGUGAGAAACCAUAUAAAUGCAUAGAGUGUGGCAAGCGUUUUAUUUCAUCAUCCCAGUUAACAGUUCACAUACGUUCACAUACUGGUGAGAAACCAUUUCCUUGUAAGUUGUGUGGUAAAGCAUUUGUUUCAUCAUCCCACUUGACUGUCCAUAUGCGGAUCCAUACCGGUGAAGAACCAUUUUCUUGUGCACACUGUGGCCAGAAGUUUGCACGUUCCACAAGCUUGGUAGUACAUUUACGAAAGCACACGGGCGAAAAACCUUUUUCUUGUCAUGAAUGUGGGAAAACAUUUGUUACAUCAUCUCAUCUCACAGUCCACAGGAGAGUCCACACUGGAGAGAGACCAUUCUCGUGCGAACAGUGUGGAAAGGCAUUCUCUCAGUCAUCUCAACUAAAAUCUCAUUAUAGAAAACAUUCAGGUGAGAAACCUUUCAGCUGCAGCAUUUGUGGGAAACUAUUUGCCCAUUCAUCACAUCUAACAUCUCACAUUAGAGUGCAUUCAGGGGAAAGGCUUUUGUAUUGCCCUGUCUGCCAAAUGAAAUUCACAUCACAGUCUCACCUGGCACGUCAUCUUCCUUCUCAUUCCAGAGAUAGGCCAUUUAAAUGUGAAGUAUGUGGCAAGGGUUUCAAGCAUAAGUCUAAUAUGGCAAGGCAUGUUAUGAACCACUCAGUCCACACUGAUUCUUUAUGGCAAGGUUUGUUGCCAGUUACAGAGACAACCCAGGACAUUCAAAGUGACUGCGCACAUGUCAGUGAAUGUUCAGUGGACAGCUGAGUGCCACACAUGCAAAACAGUGUAUCAAACACACAGUAAUUUGUGCAGAACUGAUAUAUUCCAGCAUCACAGUUAGAAAGUAUCUGUCAGUAAUCAUUUGCUGUCAGCGACAUCAUAAAUAGCUUAGUGAAACUCUGAAAAAUAAAACUCAGUAACGAAGGUUUUAUUUGUCUCCAGAGCAUAAUGAGCAUUGUUUUCAGGUUUUAUUAUUUGUAAGUACCUGUGCCUUUGUGUAUCUGUUUGUAAUGUGUUCUGAAUGAUUUGUUACUCAAGAGUUGAACUUUGUGCACAAUGUAAAAAGUAUAAAAAUGAAUCCUUGAUUAAUUCCAUUUGAGAAGUGAAAAGAAGACUGUUAAAAAUAGAUGCAAUAAUAUGCUAUGGUAUUUAACUUGAGGUAGGUUUUGUGUUAUAAAUGUCAAAGAGCAUAUGUUUUUAUACAGUGUAACAUAUCAUUUGACUUUACAAACUGUAAGCAGUCAUGACUAUCCUUCUACUGACUGAUGUAUUACAUUUUCUGUAUCUAGUUUUAUGUGGCUGCUGCAGAUGUGGUAGGUGUUGGUGGGAGAGGUAGUAAGUCUCAAGUGUAUUGAGCUUCCUAUAGGCAUUUAUAUUGAAAUACAUAAUAAUUUGAGAGGGAAACUUGUAAUAAUGAUUUAGAGAAGUAAGAACUAUUUCAACGAGCUAGGUGAAAUUCUUAUGAACUAUUUGUGUGAAAAAUUUUGUUGUUUUGGAAUAAUGCUAUAUUGUUAUUAUCAUUGAAGUUUUCUGUCACAAAAAAAUAUGCAAUUUUGAUGCGGAGUUGAUAGGAACAAAAUACCAGUUAUCUUCACAAUCACAUACAUUAUUAAUGUUUUGUAUGAGGAAUUUUCCAAAUUAGGCCACAAAGACCGUUUCUUACAAACUAUAAAAUUCAAGUGGUGAAAUCUGACAAGAUUCAUAGAGAGAAUAUCUCUCUCUUAUAUAGUAGUAAAAUUAAAUAUAUGUUAUGAAUGGUGGCCCUUUUUAGGAACUGUUUGGUAGGAUGUAAUAGCACACAGAAGGUAGGUGUUGGGGAGGGGGAAUAAUGGAAAAGGAGUGUGUUACUUUUAACACAGACAUAGCAUAUAACAGUCAAUAGCCAUAUAAAAUGUCCUGGGCCUCCUCACCUGAUGAAACAGAGAAAUUGCAGUGAUGGGAAGAAAGAAGAGAGAGGAUAUACACAAAUGAAACAAAACAUUAAGAGAUAAAACAUUAAUUUUCUGGAGUAUGUUGUUAAAAACUGCCAGGUUGGAAUACAAAAUAAAAAGUUUGUAAAAAGUAAGAUUAGGUUAGGGGAAAUAGCAAUAAUAUUGGGAAAUGGUGGUUGGCCAGUACUUAUUAUCUCACAGGAAUGCUGAUGCUUUUCACUAGAAAAUAAUAGUGUACAGAGACUGGCAUUUCACUCAAAAAGCUCUAAUAAGAUACAGUUAUAUAAAAAUGAAAAAGGGAACCUAUGACUAGUACAUGGAUGUGUGGCAUGGAGAGUGUUUACUAGCUAUUGAGCUACCACUCUUUUUAGUUUAAAUAACACUUUUACAGACACACCCAAACACGUCCACCUACAGCUAUGAUGAAAUAGUUGCGUGUUGCUGCAACUGCAGGUGAAAGUCUUGGGUGUUGAAAGUGUGAACCAGAGAAGAGCAGUAGUCAAAAGCUGGAGGAAACGAAAUCUGUGCUGUUAAAUGUCUAUAUUCCAUGCAUUAAUCAGAUACAAAUGGAUAGCUGCCUUGCUUUAUUUUUGUUUGGUGUCUCCAUACUGAAAUUCUUGUCGUCAUAAUUUGACGUUUGAAUUUGUGCAAGAAUUUGAAGGUUUGUAAUAAUUGAUGUCUAUCCGGAUCCAUCAGAUGCUUUGUGGAAACAUCUUAAAUUACAGUCACCACAUAGAAUAGUAGGAAAAAAUGAGGUUGUAAUAAAAUAUUAUUAUUUUAUAUAUGUAAAAAAUCAGUGGGGAAGAAAAACUAUUGCAGUAAACAAGUACAUACCAAGCUUAAAUUGUAAUAGCUGGUAAAAUGAAGUGGGAAUUGUUACUCUGUACACAGACAUGUCAAAAAUGUGAACAUAACUUGGUCAAUGUGACUCAUGUUUUCCUGAUAUAUAUUAGUGAUGUACUGCAUUACAGAUAAAAAGAGAGCAAUAUAAGUGUUGUGACUUGUGAAGACUUUUUUAGGAUAUUCACUAGAACUGUCAUUUCUCAGACAGUCAAAUGUUGUAGCAAUCAAUUUUCACACUAAAGAGUUAUAAUAAAAUUUUUGUUUUAUAAUGA